AUGGAGCCAUGGGAGAAAAACGGGAGCGAGAGCGCCAAGAAGACGAAGACCUCGCCGGCGCCGCCGGUGGCCGCCCUCGUUGAUGAUCUCCUGGGCGAGAUCUUCCUCCGCCUCCCCGACAUGGCGUCACUUGCCAGCGCCGCCCUCGCCUGCAAGAGCUGGGGCCGAGUAGCCUGCUUCCCAGCCAUCUUCCGCCGCUUCCUGUCCCUUCGCAGGCCCCCACUCGUCGGCUUCAUCCUCACCGACCGCAGCGACAUGCCUGUUCCUCACCACUGCCCUAACCCCCGCUUCGUCCCCGCCGAAUCCCGUAACCCCUACGUGGUCUCCGCCGCCGUUGACGGCGACUUCUUCUUCGAAGACCUCCCCGCCAUAGAUUCGGACGACGACGGCGAAGGGGACUACUACGAGGAGUGGCGCCUCCGCGGCUGCGACGGCGGCCUCCUCCUUCUUUCCCGCGGCCGCUAUGCGCUGGAUCUCGCCGCGUAUGACCCCCUCGCGCGGACGGUCGUCUUCUUCCGCCCUCCCCACGCCUGGCGCUAUUCGUCCCACAUCGUCCGCUACGCCAUCUUGGUGGACGAUGCCGACGCCUCGUUCCGGGUCAUCGGCAUGGAGCGGUGGGCCGGCUCACACUCCGCCGUCUUCUCCUCCCGCACCCGCGAGUGGGACAUGAUUGCCUCGUCCGAUACGAACCAUGCAGUGUAUAGCUUUAUCCGAUGCUGGAGCGACGGCAUGCCGGCGGGCCGCUACGUGUACUGGCGGUCGGACACCAAGAAGUCCCGGCACUGCAAGGACGACGAGGUGAUCUUGGUGCUGGACAUGGAAGCAAUGGUGUGGUCGGUUAUCAAGCCGCCAUUCCCUCCUGGCGAAUCGUACUGCGUCGCGGACAUGGCGGAGCACGGCGGGCUCUGCAUUGUGUCCAGCAAAGAGCAGUGCGUGCAGCUCUGGGUCCGUGACAGCAAUGCUGAGUGGAUGCUCAAGAAGGAGGUUUCGUUGCUGAAUGAGUUUGGAUACCUGAAGAAGCUUCGUCUUGAGGAGUGGAUGAAGCGGGUGCGCAUCCUGGCAAUGAAGGCUGGCUAUGUGUACAUGGAGUUUUGGUCCAUAAGGAAGCCCCAUUCAUAUCUGCUUGUACUAAAUCUGAACACCACAAAGCUGGAAUUCUUCUGCAACAAGUCGACCGAGCCUCACAGAGGUCCUGCGUUUCCGUUCUUCAUGCGGUCGGCACCUUUGCCUGCUCCAGAUGAUGAUAAGAAAUUUUAA